ACAGGAAGUGAGUGCAUAUUUAUUACGCUGCUGCUUUUCUAACACGACUGGAGAUUGUUUGUUUGAUACCGAAAACAGACCGACUCCUUCAGUGAAAUUCAUCCAAUGACUUACUCUGAUCAAAGGAGACACAAUGACGGCUCCCGAAUGAAGGCUGCUGCUGUGAAAAGGAGCAAUUCUUCACGCUCAGUCUCUGUCAUCUCCAGUUGUUAUGAAUCCCAGCACCUCCUCGGCUCACUGCGUGGGCCAGUCUCCUACAGAUGAUCUAAUGGACGACUGGCUCUUCCUCUCUACUGAGUCUGCUGGGCCUCAGCACAUGGAAGUGAGCAGGGAAGACCAGGAGGGAGAGGACAGAGGCAAACUCAAAUCCAAGUUGGUCUCAGCAUGGAACAGCGUCAAAUAUGGCUGGUCUUUGAAGCAGAAAUCCAAAUUCAGCAAGAGCUCACCUGUGAUCAUGCACGGACAAUCCUAUGAACUCAAGGAUCAAGGUGAGAGAGAGCGUUUCCGUCGCUCCUUUGCAUCUCUCCUGUGGCUGACGUACAGACGGGGUUUCCCCUCACUGGCAGGCAGCUCCCUGACCACCGACAGCGGCUGGGGUUGUGUUCUACGUACGGGGCAGAUGCUGCUGGCGCAAGGCUUGCUCCUGCACCUGAUGCCACCAGGUUGGACUUGGUCUGUGAGCCACCAUGCAGUUAAAGAUGACAUGGACCUGCUGGUGAUUCGUACCACAGACAGUGCAGAGCGUGGACUGAAUUUAAAGGAAGGGCCCAGCAAGAGGGGUCGCAAACUGAGCUUGGAUUCCUGCCUGAACAGAACCAUGGAGGCUUCACACAGGAGGGUGGUAUCAUGGUUUGCAGACCAUCCCACAGCCCCAUUUGGGAUACACAAGCUGGUGGAGUUGGGCAAAAGCUCAGGGAAGAAAGCAGGGGACUGGUAUGGACCUUCUAUUGUGGCACAUAUCCUCCGGAAAGCUGUGGCAGCAUCGGCAGACCUUCCCAAUCUAGUCGUGUAUGUUGCACAAGAUUGCACCAUCUACUUGGAGGAUGUGAGGAGUUUGUGUGAGCGGCCUCCCCCUCAGUCCUGGAAGUCUGUCAUCAUCCUGGUUCCUGUGCGACUUGGAGGACAAGAGCUCAAUCCAUCCUACAUCACUUGUGUCAAAAAACUCUUGACAUUACAAUGCUGCAUUGGAAUCAUUGGGGGCAAACCGAAGCACUCUUUGUUCUUCAUCGGCUUCCAGGAUGACCAUCUGCUGUACUUGGACCCUCACUACUGUCAGCCCACAGUGGAUAUAACAAAGGAGAGCUUUCCCUUGGAGUCCUUUCACUGUAAAUAUCCCAGGAAGAUGUCCUUCUCUCGCAUGGACCCCAGCUGUACCAUAGGGUUCUAUGCUAAAGGCCAGAAGGACUUUGAAUCACUGUGCACCGUUGUUUAUGAGGCGCUCUCCACAUCUGCAGGGACGUACCCCAUGUUUAUAUUUGCAGAAGGAAAAAGUCAGGAGGAGGAGAGAAGUAAAACGCCCACAAACAAUAUCACCUACAUCCAGAGGAAGAGUGAACGGAAGAGAGUCGACACCAGCAACAGCCUGGACGAGUUUGUUCUAUUAUGAACAGAAGAAGAUCAAAUCUGCCCUGAGGGGCGAACUGAAUGGUGAUCAAUGAUCACACUAUAUGUGACAGUGUGACACUGUGUGGCAACUACUGAGCGUAAGAACGAAAUGUCUUCAAUAACCUGAAGGGACUUCCUUUUAAAGGUUUUGUAAAAUGAAGUGGCCAGGUAUCAAUAAUGACACUACAAUAUUUUUUAUUGCUGUUAUGUGCUCAUUUGAAUUUUUAUUUAUUGUUUUAAGAUGAGAAAAUUUCAUUUAAUAUUCAACUGAAGGACUUAGAAGGAUGUUUUUUUCUAUCUCAGCCUAUUUGUGUUUAUCCAUGAAAUAUCCAUGAGGCUGUGUUCUUUUUACUUUAAUAUAUUCAAUAGAAUGAAAGUAUAAUAAUAGUAAUAAUACAUUUCAUCCAGGGACAAACUUAAGGUUUUACUGAGAUACACAAUGUCACUGUUUAAUGUCAUGUGACAGGAAGUGCUGCCUUUGAAUGGAUUAGAAAAUUGGAUUCCUUUAAACAUGUGACUCAGACAUUAGAAACACUAAAAGAGCACAACUUUACUGGAGGAAUCAAACAUUGUGGGGAAAAAAAAAUAUAUUUACUGAAAAUAUUCUUACAAGCUGGAUUAUAUUUGCUGUCUUUUAUCCAAAUAAACAAUUUAAGAACAAAAAAGGAAAGGAAUUCAUUUUUAAUUCUGUUCACCGUCAGAUGAUACAUUUAUUGCGGUUUGAUUCCUUUUUGAGUUUUCAGGGACUGUAUGAAAAUUAUUGGGGUGAUGAGAGGGGUCAGAUUUUUUUUAUUUUAUAAGAAAGCAAGGUCCUCUGCAGCCCUAUAUACUGUAAUAUAUAUAUAUAUAUAUAUAUAUAUAUAUAUAGAUAAGUAUUGUCUUUGGACCCUCUCCCUGACUGCAGUCUCCUCCCCCAACUAUCUCAAACAUGGUAAACAUAACAAAAUAACAUUUCUGUUGGUUGUUCCCCCACUUUGGUCCAGACUAAAAUAAUAAUAAUAAUAAUAAUAAUAAUAUUACAGGUGCUGUGGGUCCGCCAUGUUAAACAUCCAUGUUCCUGCAGUAGCCCAGAACAGACAAACCCUGGCUCUCGAUACGGCCUUUUGUGUUUCACCAUGUUUCUACUUCACAGCCCGCUCUCAUUCCCAGGUUGUCAAAUGAAUACGCGACUGGUGUUCAGUUAGUUUCAAUCUGCAACUUCACCACAAAGAUUGGCCUUGUUUUGAGCCUGUGCACCUGAGUGCUGAGUGUCCCCUCUCCUUUUGUAGUCUUGGUACUGCCAGUCCCUCUCUGUCCCUUCUUUCUCCGGUUUUUGUGCCGAUUAUGAGGGAUUUGAAAAGAAAAAUACAAGGAUUCAACAAAAUAAUAUUAAAUAUUUCAUAAUAAAUGUAAUUUUAGAUUUUCUGAA